AUGAAGGGGUUUUUGGAAAUAUCGAUGGCGAUCGUUAUCAUGCAUAUAUUAUCACUGAUAAAUCCUUUUAAAGUGGGUUUAUAUUAUCCAGUAUUGGUGACUGCCAUUAGUGUCAAAGGACUAAAAGGAGGUGGUAGCGGUUUAAAAUUUGGUGAUAAAUGCGAUGAAACUUCCGAAUGUGAUUUUGAAGGCUCAAUAUGUGAUGCAAUACUCAAAUUAUGUCAGUGUGUUCCAGAACUUCCAGUAACCAAUCAUUUAGAUAAAUGUGGAAAAGCGGCUUCCGUUAACGAUACCUGCACUUUUAAUGAACAAUGCGAACAAACAGUUUUCCAAACGGAAUGUAGAGAUGGUCGAUGUUUAUGUCGUUUUGAUAAAAUACCCGUGGCUAAUAGCGAGGGUAUAGUCGAAUGUCAAAGUUUACCAAAAGAACCAAAAGAAAAUCCUCAUCGUGUUGAUCCGGCCAUGAUUGGAAUAUUAGCAGGAAUGGCAUUAAUGUUUAUUAUUAUAUGUGUCGUACUAAGAUUAUUUAGCAAGGCAAGAUGGAGAGAAAAUCGUACAAUAUUCAACACACCAAAUCCUCGAUUAAUGAAUGCAUCACUUUUACAACACAAUAAAAGUUUACACGAUGGUAGAAGAGGUAGUAGAGCAAGUGCAAGGGGUCCAAGUAGAGCCGGAAAUUCGAAAAACGGUGGUACGACAAGAUCGAGAUGUAAUAGCCGAGAUGAAUCUUAUGUUGAUUCAAUAAAAUCACCACACAGAAGAGAUAAAAAUCAAUUUUCUGAACUUGAAACGAUUAAAGGAGAAGUUUUAUCAUCUGAAGAAAAUGCGUGA